AUGGUCAUCCUCGCGAUUAUUAUCAGAGGAGCACAAAAGCUUGCCCGGCUUUCUUGGGCGAAUAUCAAUUCAGAAGGCCCUCGUAUUUCGACCGGUAAUACUAGAUGUAUCUUUCCUCCUACACGGGACGCACUAUCACUCGCUGACGGACUCUCGUUUGAGCGAAAGGUACUCGCUACAAAUACAUGGCUUAGAAGCCGGGAAGGAGUGGACGAUUUGGAGGCUAUAGUUUUGCGCGAGUUACUAGAAGACGACGAGAAAUUUGCCAAGGCAGCUGCAACAUAUAAUCCCUAUUGCUCUGAUUUGCUAGCCAUGGAUUUUCUAACUAAAGGUCACCGAAAGCGAGCUGGGAUAAUAGCAUAUCCUAUGGGGCAAAGCUUUGAUACCUUGGGUGCUUCUGUACUAUUUGACGAGAAAUGGGGCACGGUUUUCAGCUCGGGAGAACAGUCAGGCUGGAAAGCACCGUCAUCCAUUCUUCAGAUUACAAACUCUAAUACCAUUUACAAACCUGAUGCUACCACUUACGCCAACUCUGGGUGCCUGUUUGCUGUUCGUACACUAUUCGACGUUCAUUUCGUUAGUAUUUCUCCAAGGCCAGGGGCCUCGGUAGUUGCAAAACAGAGGGUGCUUUCAUCCUUUGGACGAGCCGACAUCGGGAACCACAGGCCCUUUGAGCUAGUGUUUAACCCCCAUGAGCGGUCACACGCGGGACUCGUCGUCUCUGAUGUUGGCGAAGUUUGGAGUUUCGGGUUGGAUUCUAAACCCUCUUUAUUGUAUACUCAGAUUGAUGAUCCGAUUACUCGAGUCGGCGCAUAUGACCUACCUUAUUGGGGGCUACGAUGGGGGGUACACCCAGAGACCUUUAUGUUGGGUUCGCGGUCCAAAAUUAGUUUUUAUGAUAAGAGGACAUCGACCAUUGCGUCCGUACUACCUGUUCCUCAAACCGUAACAAGCUUCGACACAAUUCGGAACGAAAACUUUGCCCAGAUAUUCCUUAGCGACAUGAAGCAUGUAUCCUUGGUUGACGAGCGAAUGCUGGGUCGCCCGAUUAUAUCCUGGGCCCACCACCGAGAUGGUGACAUGACGCUACGUAUCAAGGCAGUCGAACUUGGCCAGAAGAAAGUUGGCCUGCUUACUUCUAAACGCUCGAGUUUCAUCAGCGUUUACGAUCCCGUGUUGUCUGAGAGCGGGGGAUUAAAAGGCUGCGACUCGUAUGGUUUGGAAUGGGACUCGCCGAAUAAUUGCAUACCAGCGAGCAUCGCGGUGUAUAUCCCACCCACAACCGUUCGACCUACACUAUUUCAUCUCUCUAACGUGGGUGCGAUAUACCGCCAAGAUUUGGCCAUCGGGGCUUGUGAACCUAGUGUGGAGAGGGUUGUUUGGGAGCAUGAGCUGAAGAACAUAGCGGAGAAGGUUGAGCUUCAGCAUGAGCGGUACAGCAAAGAAGAUAUGGCCAAGUGCCGAGAGGUGAACGUUCGAAACAAAUACGAACGAAUAUUUAUGAACAGCAACACAGACUUGGAUGGGCCCUCAGUGGCCGAGAUUAUUGACUUGGCGCCAACUGCGUUCCAAAGGGCCAACGAACCAAUUGAUAGACCCAUGAUUCUGCAUGACUUGGCUCGCGUGGUUCCUCAAGAAACCGCAUCCGUCAUCCCUCGCUCGUUCUUUGCAUCAACCCGAUCGUUACCCCUUCCCAAGGCUCGGUUGCUCCUCAGGCACACUGAACACCUACGCAGCCAGUCCCAGGAAACUGUAUCCUGGAGCUACGACCUUUUGAAAACACAAGCCCACAUCUGGCCAGGCCUUUCACCAACCCCAACUGUGGAUGACCUCCUUGCUUUCAGCGUACUAGACAACGCAUCGGAGAGAGCUUCCAAAAGAGACAAAGAAGCGAGACAAGAGAUAGCACUGGACUUGGCUCUAUCAACAACUGUAUAUUCGACUGUUCCCUUCCAACCAUCUCGGCCCAAGCUGCGACCUGCCCCGGUAGCCCGAGACAACGAUGACAUGCUCUCCGUUGCGGCCUCUGCCUUGACUUUGGAGGGAAUCGAGCCACCUCAUGUUCAACACGUUCAACCUUGCCCUACAAAAGGACUAGUUGAUGGUAAAAAAGGUGCUGAGCAACGACAGAGUCUGGUCGCACGUUUAUUGGCAUCAGAAUGGGAUCCAGAUUCGUCUCCAGGCGACUACGAAUUCCAUGAUCCCUACAACCAAGAUUACGACGAGGCCAUGCCAGCCUGGAAGUUAAUGGCUCGCACCAAAGCGGAUAAAGAGUUGCUUGAACAAGCCAAGUUGAGGCUCAUGUCAGGUAGAGCAGCGAUGGCUCCUGUCGGAUCGGUAUUACUACCUUCGGUUCAAAUCUCUCGAACCAAACCCCUGCGAUAUCAAACCCUGUCGCUGUUCGAGUCGUACGCCAAGUGGAAAGUCAACCCGAGCUUGCUGCAAAACAAACGGCGUCGGACCAACUUGGAGAGGCAACAUCGUCUCAAAUGA